AUGGAAGUUGAAUUAUAUGUUUAUGAUAUCUCAAAGGGUCUUGCAAGAGAACUUUCACUUGCUAUAACAGGCACCCAGAUAGAUGCAAUAUAUCACACGUCUCUUGUGUUUGGGGGCAUAGAGUACUUCUUUGGUAGAGGCAUUCAACAAGCACCCCCUGGAACGACGCACCAUGGCGACCCCAUCGAGAGGAUUAACAUGGGAACCUCUGAACUUCCGAUAGAGGUGAAACCCCGACAGUCUUAUGAUCUUUUCUUGCGAAACUGCAACAAUUUCACCCAUGAUCUCGCCACAUUUCUAGUUGGAAAAGGCAUUCCUGAUCAUAUCAGAAACCUUCCUGAGACUUUCCUCAGCACUCCCUUUGGUCAAAUGAUGAAGCCAUGCAUUGAUGGUAUGCUUCGGGGAGCAGCUCCUGGGCCAGAGAUAUCUUCUUCAGCUGCUACAAACCAAUCCAUCCCUGCUGACACAAGUGGCCUUGCACGAUCAAUACCGACACAUUCAGAUCAUGCUCCCCUGGCGCAAAAAGGUUAUGUUCGUAAUGUGACGACCAUUAGGGAGCUAGACGAUCUCUUAGCCUCCGCAAGCUCAUCAUGCGCCGUUAUAUUUUUCACAUCCGCCACAUGUCCACCAUGCAAGAUGAUGUACCCAGUCUAUGACGAACUUGCAGAGGCAGCCGGCGAUAAAGCAAUCCUUAUCAAAGUGGAUCUAUCCCGCGCCUAUGAUGUUUCUACGAAAUACAGCGUCAGAGCGACGCCAACCUUUAUGACGUUUCUGAAGGGAAAGAAAGAAAACGAGUGGAGUGGCGCGAACGAUGGAAAGCUGCGCGGCAGUGUUCGACUACUUAUCGAAAUGGCCUGGCCACCUCACCCCCACAGGAGACUGCGAUUACCGAGUUUAGAGAGGCCCAUUGGCUCCUACAUACUGUAUAAGAAGGUUCCCCCACUGGAUAAAUUGAUCCAAAAAAUUGGCGCUACAGGGGAUGACCCAGCCAUUCAGGGGCUUGUCAAAUUCAUCAAAUCGAGAGAGAGCAGUUGUCCAGUAGAUGCAGCACUACCAAAUUUCUCCUUGCAAAACCUCGUUAAAUCAACAUUUUCCUCUCUCCCGUCCGCUGUUCACUUUGCAAUGAUUGAUCUAGCCCGCGUUGCAUUUGCUGACUCCCGUGUCAGCGGGUUCUUCGCAGAGGAGCACGAUCAUACAACGCUACUAACAUUACUGGGUGGCGCAAGCUAUCUGUCAAACUGCCCUUACAAACAGCAGCUUGUAAUGACACAGCUGGUCUGCAACCUCUUCUCAUCACCUCUAUAUCUAGAUCAAAUAGUAUCCAACGAUGCCCUGCGCAAGACAUGCAUAAAACUUGCCACUUCGUCCCUAUACGCCGCACACAUUCCUCUGCGCGCAGCCGGCGCUUCGUUGAUGUAUAAUCUUGCGGCAUUCAACCAUAAUGAACGAAUCGACGAGCGGCCGGAUCGACUAUCUGAAGCAGACCAGGUAGAGCUGGUAGCUUCUCUACUUGAAGCUAUUAGACUGGAGACUGAGAGCGUAGAAAGCCUCCGUGGGCACCUAUUAUCACUAGGUCUGUUUGUAUAUCUUGCCCCUAUGGAUGGGGAAGUUGUGGAUUUGUGUAGGGUGAUGGAAGCUCGGGAGAUUGUUGAGAUGACGAAGAUGAAGGCCCUAGUGGAGAAGCCGCUUCUAGAAGAAAUAGGUUGUGAGCUUCUUGGGAAAGGGUGCGGGGAAUCGUGA